CUACACUCUUAAGUGAUUGCUGAUCUAUGGCUGUUUGAUGUCCCUGUGGGGACAAUUUAUUUGACAUGAUUCCCGUACUCCUGAUCCAAGCUCUGCUCUCCAGCGCCCUCUGGAGUCCCGCAAGGACAACAGCCAUCGUCAGCUUUUCUCCCUACCCUCUCUUCACAAUGGAGUCACUCAGCGGUGUCGCUGAAACUGAAGACCCUAAACAAGCCUUCACUGUUCCCCCUGAUCAGGACCCAGAGACCAAUGUAAUUGAUCUGGUCACAGAUGGUGGGAGUCGAGCAAGUUCCCAGAUCGCUGUGACACCUGUGGCAACCUCUUUCUUUAACGGGGUGGGUGGAGCGGGAAGCAAGAAGAACCUUCUGGAACCAGGGGCCAUCACCACAACCACCACCAGUGCCAUUGGAUCCAGACAACAGGUGGCACUGGAAUUGUUCAGUGCUCCAAACACAGAGCAUACCUCCCCGGCUAUGGGUGUUUCCAGGGAGGAAAACCGCACUACCCGUCUAGUUCCAUUUUCUGGGACUAACAAAGGCCUUGCAGUUGGCGACCGCUUAGAUCCUGCCUUCUCAAAUGCACCAAAGGGAAACAGCACCGAUACUCAGCGACACUGCUUCUGUAAAAUUCCAGCAGCCGAAGGACAAAAGAGAGACCAAGGCGAAAAAGAGAAUGCGGAUGUGCUGAGACUUGCUAGGAGAAGAGGAGAACUGCGGUCUUUGGUAGACGUCGGACAAGACAUAACAGCGGAAAGGGGGGAUUCCAGAUCCAGGGCUGCUGUAGGUAGACCAGUGUCCCCUCAUCAGGCAGAACAACAUGGUGGCUCUACUGAUUUUUCUUUUCCAAGAGGUGACAAGGGUGAGGUUGGGAGCCCUGGCCCCAUAGGAAUUCCGGGGCCAAAGGGAGACACAGGGGAACAUGGAGAACCAGGUCCAAAAGGUGACACUGGACAGAAAGGUGAUCCUGGGGAGAAAGGAGAAAGAGGCAUAGCAGGUGAGAAGGGGGAGAUAGGACCAGGAGGGCCACCAGGAAUUCAAGGAGCUCCUGGUUUAAAAGGGGAUGCAGGGAUGCAGGGAACAGUUGGGGCCCCUGGGAGAGAAGGGCUAACUGGACUUCCAGGCCGAAGAGGCGAAAAGGGCCAGAAGGGGGACUGCAAAUCGGUUGAACCUGUAGCCUUUUCAGCUGGCCUUCAGAAAAGGAGAAGCUUCCCAUUGCCAGGAUCCCCCGUGAGAUUUGAAAAGGUUUUCCUGAAUGAAAAUGAAGCAUAUCAUGCGGAAUCAGGCAUAUUUACUGCCAACACUGGAGGAGUCUAUUCUUUCAGUUAUCACCUGAGUGUUUCUGGCAAGGCGCUGAGGGCGGCGCUCUUCCACAACGGUGAAAGAGUUAUGCAGGUGUCAAGCGUAAGGCAGCCUCCACAGAGUGUUUGCCAGGUCUCUGGAUCGAUGCUGGUUCACGUCUCUGAAGAUGAUGAGAUUUGGCUUCAGAUUUUGAAUGGCUCUCAAAACGGGCUGGUGGCUGAUGAAACCACUGAUUCUGUAUUUUCAGGGUUUCUGUUAUACCCUGACUAAUGAAAUGAAGCAUUAUUACAUAUAGGGUUGGGAAUAAGCACCCAACACCUGACAGCUUUGUGUCUUGGAUCACACUCUAAUUUAUAGCAUACCUAAUAUUUACACAUUUUUCUCAAUUUCACAGUUUCAGAUUUAUUGCUAGCAUAGCUACUAAGCUGUAGAACAGCAGUGGCCAGUUCUUCCAGCUUUAUCAUUAGAUUAGCACAUGCAGAACUUUCUAGAGGCCUAAAACCAGAAACUCUAAUAGACUUGUGAGAUUUUGCACUAGGUUUCUAGCUCUCAUGAUAUUUGAUUAAACUGUUCCCUAAAGGGUGAUUUUAAGGUUAAACUUCUUCACUCUUGCUUUGACAGUGGCUUAUUGUCAGUUCUAAAAUUACUGUGUUUUUAUUUUGUUAUUUUUAUUAUUAUUAUUCUGAAGCAGCAUUUC